AUGGCUGCCUCUCCUCCUCCUCCUCAGCAGCCAUCUUGCCUGGCCCCCAAUGGCCCUGUGGGAGCUGAGGAGAGGGACCAAGUGCUGCUGGCCCUGAGCCGUGGGGCCGUGGCCCUUUGCCUGCUUCAGAACCUGAGGCUCCAGCGUGGGCGGAGGCUGCGUGAAGAGGCCCGCCGUCGCCGCCUCGCUCGCCACCGCCGGGCCCAGGCCCGCUCCCGCCGCAGCUUCGCCCUGCUGUGCCUGUGCCGCGCCCUGGGCCAAGAGGGCGGCCUGCACGGCAACGGAGGCCUCUCGCGGCUGCUGAGGGAGCGGCGCCUCUGGACCAAGGCCCGCAGCUCGGCCUUCUGGGAGACCGUGCGCCUCAAGGCCUUUCCGCCGCAGGAGUGGGCCGAGAAAUUCCGCGUCUCCCCGCUCACCUUCGACUUCCUCUGCGCCCGCCUGCAGGCCGCCAUCCGCCGACGCGACACCAACAUGCGCCGCGCCAUCCCGGCAGACGUGCGCCUGGCCCUCACCCUCUGGCGCCUGGGGGCCGGCACCGAGUUCCGGGCCGUGGAGCAGCUCUUCGGCGUCUCCCGUUCCACCGUCUGCAAGGUCCUGCGCGAUGUCUGCGAGGCCCUCGUGGCCCUACUCACGCCCGCCUUCGUCCGGCCGCCCGAGCCCAGUGAAGUCGCCGCCGGGAAUGGUUUCCCCUUGCCGCAGAUGGCUGGCGCCCUGGGAUGCCUCCACGUCCCCAUCCGCGCCCCCAACGAGGACCCCGCUGGAUACUGCAACCCCCGUGGGUGGCACUCGGUGGUGCUACAGGCGGCCGUGGACUCACGGGGGUGCUUCUGGGACAUCAACGUGGGCUGCCCUGGUGGCGUGGCUCAAGCACACGUGUUGCGGACGUCGGAGCUCUACCGGCAGGGCCAAGAGGGACGGCUCUUUCCUGGCGGAGCCCAAGACAUCGGCGGGAUCCCUGUCCCUGUCUACCUGCUGGGUGGGCGCUCCUAUCCGUUCUUGCCGUGGCUCAUGCGGCCCUACCGGGACCGAGGCCGGAACCUGGCUCCUCGUCAGCAGCGCUUCAACGAGUACGCGGCAGCUGCGCGGACUGUGGUCGGUGUGGCCUUUGGACGCCUGCGGGGUCGGUGGCGCUGCCUCACCAAGCGCAACGACACCGAUGUGACCUUUCUGCCCACCCUCAUCGCUGCCUGCUGCACCCUCCACAACAUCUGCGAGGCCCGAGGGGACCUCUUCCAACCAUCCUGGAUGGAGGAGCAGGAAGGAGAAGAUGAAGAGAGCGACCAAUGGGAGGAAUAUCCUUUGGAGGAAGAGGAGGAUGGGGAAGAAGACCCUGAGGCGGUCCGGAUACGGGAUGCCCUGGCAUCCGCACUGAGGGGUUGA